CAAUAAUAAAUUAUAAUUUUAUAGUUUUUAAUUAAAUUUUAAAGUAAAAGAAAAAAAUUAAUUGAAGCCUCAAUUGACAAUUGAAGCUUUAGUUAAAAAAUGAAGUCUUGAUUGACAAUUACAGUUCUAGUUCAAAAACUGAUUGAGGCAACCACGACUUUAGUUCAAAAACUAAAUCCUCUAUGACUUUAGUUCAAAAACUAAAGCCUCUACGACUUUAGUCGAGGCUUUAACUAAAAUUUGCUCGUACGUGACACAAAAAAAAGGUUAAUUUGAAUAUAAGUUUCAUAUAUCUAAUUGUAGACCCCCAUUUGGGGCUCAUCCUUUUUGCAGGUUAUUUUACCAGAUGUCACAAUCCUGGAGGGCCACGUGUCAAUUCCCAAUUUAUCCUUAUGGAAUCACAUUAGUGCUUAGGAGAGGCAAUAAAAAAGUGACACUUGUAAAAGAAGAUUCCAGGAAGAGCGUGUUGGUUAUGAAAAGCUGCAGGCUGUUAAGAGGAAGGUGGUGCUUUUGCUGCCGUUGGGAGGAAGAGCAAGUUGUGAGAGGAGGUUUUUAACUUGGAGAGCAAGCUGUGAGAGGAGGGUGGUGAUUUUGUUGCUGAUUUUUUUUCAGAAAAGGAGUGUAUAGGGUUUGGUACUGAGAGAGAGAUAUUUUUGGAGGCUGUUUUGGCUUGAGGAGCAAGCUGCCAGAGUGAGGGUUUGGGUGGUGGCUCUACAGAGACAUUUUUUUGAAAGAGAAAAACAAAGAAAGGAGAGAUCUUUAGCUUGGAGAGCAAGCCAGAGAGGGAGGAAGGAGAAGGUAGCCAUUUUUUAGUGAGGUGAGAGAUUGAGGGGUCCUUCAGCUUGAGGGACAAGUUUGAGUUCGGAGGGGAAACGAGGGAAAGGAGAGGAUAUUUUUCUGGGUUGAUCAAAGGAGGAAGAAGGAGAAGCAAAUGAAGGUCGUGUUGUGGAUCAUCAGGCUACUCUGUGAUGCCCCUGACUGACACAGAGACAAUGACGUCCUAACAAUACUGUCAUGAGUGAGCAUGUCGGAAAGUGUCAUUGCUGCUCACGACCACUAGCUAAAAUCAGGAGGUUUUAUUCAUUCUUUAAGUAUAGAGUUGUACAUGGCAUGAGACGUGUAUGCUGGCAGCCACAGGGACAACCUCGAUUUUUGGGCACAGUGUAUAUAGAAUUGACGAAUCUGCCACGCUGGCCUUGGCAAAAAUGGCGUGUGUUAGAAGGGUCGUCUGCAAGGGCAAUAUCAGGUGAAAAUGUAUCAACAAGGCCACAUACCUCAAGUGCCAAACCGGAUGUUAUUUCUACCAUCCAGCUUGUUGCUUCUCAGAGGAGAUGGGUUUCUAAAGCCAGGACCGCAGAAGAUGAUAGCCAAAUUAACAUUGAACCGUGGAGAGAGGAAGAAAGGGAGGAAGAUGAAAAAGAUCCUAAGAUUGUUUACCAUGGGCCCAUCCCAUCUACAGUGAGGAAGCUUUUGCAACAUGAAAAUAGAAAGCAUCUGGACGAAGAGGAUGAUUGGUUUGUUGCAUCCUCCGCUGCAGCAUCUGUAUGAACAAUUUAUCUCUAACAAUAGUUGGAACAGUCCCCACAUUUAGAUGCACUGAAUGUGUAGAGAAACGAAAGGGGUUUUAUUCGAAGUUAGAGGAAAUUGCAUCUGAAAUCAACGUUUUGUAUCUCAAAGGUUAUCAAUCAUUUUGUAACGGUCUGCAAGAUAUGAAUGGGAAUGGCUCUCUUCAUCACUCUCAAACUGCAGAAGGUAUUCGAAAUGGUAAUUCCAGGCAAGGAUAGCAUCUCAAAGUUGAGGGAAGCUCUAAAUUACUCAUUGGAUUUGAUUAGCAGCUAAGUUUCCAAAAACAGUUGUCAGAGAUACAGCCUUGGAACCAUAAUGAUGCAAGAUCCCCCUCACAGAACAUUGGCUCAUUUGAAACUGGAAAAGAAUACAGUAAAGAUAAAGGGUGCUUAGAGAGAAAGAAUGGAGGUAGCUUGUAUAGGAGUGGCUCUAUAUUGGGGCUAUCUCCGUCACAUGUUUAUGGAGGGUGUCCCUUCAUUCAAGCUUGGUGGUUUAGCUUGGCUGUUCCUUGGGGUGGCCGAUACAUGCAGUUUUCUCUAUGACGAUGAGUUCACUAAGUGUCUUAAGGAUUAUCCAAAUCAGUUUAGACAUGACAAGGCUCUUGGCAGAGAACAAAAGAGCAGAAAACGGGAAAGUUACAGAGGAGGAUAAAAGUUUGAGAAAGAAAAUUAGUGAGGAGCUUUGAGAGUACAUGAGAGGAAGUGAGCUUGAGAGAGCCAUUGCCUGGGAAGAAAUUCUGCAAUUUCCGAUACUGUCGGAGGUAUGGAUGGAGUUCCCAUCGAAAACGGUUUUCCGGCGGUGAAGUUCUUUAACCAAGGCUAUUCCUAUACUUAUAAUGACGUCAUCUUCCAUCCAGGUUAUAUUGACUUCAUUGCCAACGCUAUCCAGCUGGGUACUAAACUCAGUCACAACAUCCAUCUCUCAAUGCUCUGUCGUGGCGUCGUCGAUGGGCACCAUCACCGAAUCUGCCAUGACCGUGGCCUUGGCCACUGUUGACACCAAGAAAGAGGCCGCCACAUUUGAAAAGCAGCGCCGCUGCCAAGAAGCAGCCUUCGCCGCCUCUGCUUCUGUUGCCGGGAUUUCUAUAGACGACACUCCCGACCCCCUCGCUUCCAACUACGGCGAUGUCCCUCUCCUUGAUUUUCAGUCCAAAGAGAUCACCGAUCUCAAAUGGACAGACAUUGGGGCUUUAACCGAGGAUCUCAAGGACCAGAAGGUGUUGACCCAAAGGCGAGCCCAGACCAUUCGAGCCGUCGGCUAGAAUACAGAUGGGUUUCAAACUCUUCCAUUUUUCAUCCUUAGCAUUUUUUCUUUAGGUUCCAAAAAUCUAUUUUUCCAAUAAAAUUAGCUGUCAUUUUCUUCCGCAUCCAAUUUUCAUGAUUUUUUUAAAUAUUUUAAAAUAAGCAUAAAUUCAAUUUUGUAAUUUCAAGUGAUGGAAUUUAUGGAAUUAAUUCGUGCAAAAAUAAAUGGGCUUUGGUGGGGGCCCAACAUUAUUGGAUGUUUUCUCUUAAAGUCAAUUUGAUUGAAUCAUGAUAUAUGAUGAUUUUGUA